CUCACAAUGGUUCUAGAAGAAAUCGAGACAAGUCUUAUCAUGUGGUUUUCCUACGCCUUGAUUCCUUGUUUGCUUGUGGAUGGAGUGGCUGUUCUGCCUGCCCCUCAGAACCUCUCUGUACAAUCAACCAACAUGAAGCAUGUCUUGACAUGGAGCCCAGUGAUUGUGCCUGAAGAAAUAAUACACUAUUCUGUCGAGUACCAAGGAGAGUAUGAGAGCCUGUACAUGAGCCACAUAUGGAUCCCCAGCAGCUGGUGCUCGCCCACCCAAGGGCCUGAGUGUGACAUCACUGAUGACAUCACUGCCACUGUACCGUACAGCCUCCGGGUCAGGGCCACCCUGGGCUCACUGACCUCAGCCUGGAGCACCCUGAAGCACCCCUUUAAUCGAAACUCAACCGUCCUCACCCCACCUGGGAUGGAGAUCACCAAGGAUGGCUUCCACCUGGUUAUUAAGCUGGAAGACCUGGGGCCACAGUUUGAGUUCUUCGUGGCCUACUGGAAGAGAGAGCCUGGUGCCAAGGAACACAUCAAGAUGGUGAGGCACGGGGGCAUUCCAGUGCACCUGGAAACCAUGGAGCCAGGGGCUGCACACUGCGUGAAGGUCCGGACGUUCGUGAAGGCCAUCGGGAGGCACAGUGCCUUCAGCCAGACAGAAUGUGUCAAGGUGCAAGGAGAGACCCUGCCGCUGGCAAUGGCUCUGCUCUCGUUUGUGGGCUUCAUGCUGAUCCUCGUGGUUGUACCGCUCUCCAUCUGGAAAAUGGGCCGGCUGCUCCAGCACUCCUGUUGCCCCGUGGUGAUGCUCCCCGACACCUUGAUAAUAACUAAUUCACCCCAGAAGCUAAUCAGCUGCAGAAAGGAAGAGGUGGAAGCCUGUGUGGCGGCCGGGCUGUCUUCUGAGGAGCUCCUCAGGGUCUGGAUCUAGCAGGUGAAGUCUAGAAACCUGGUCUGCAGGACACGGGAGGGCGAGGAGAAGGGCUGUGCUUUGGCUUUCCUCCAAG